AAUAAAUACAGAGAAAAUUUAUCAUAAAACAUAAAAAGGUGGUUUCACUUCAAACCCUAGUUGAGGAAUUUUGGUUCUCCGUUCAAUCGGCUCUGUCUACAGGUUCGUGAUGGUGCGUGCAAAAGGCAAAGCCAAUGCUUCAACUAAAACAUCUGGAAGUGCUGAUGUUGCUUCUGAAGCUGCUUUGACAAAAGACCCCAGUGAGAUGGAAAACAUCAUAGAAACUGGAGGUUUUGUUGAAACAGCAGUUACUGAGCAAACAAUUAUCACUGUUGUAGCUGAACAUGAAAAUGAUGGAGCAGAAGCUGAAACUUUAGAGGAAGAAAAUGAUGGAGUGGAAGUUGAAACCUUAGAGGAAGAACAUGAUGGAUCAUCAGAAGAACAUGAUGGAGCAGAACCUGAAACUUUAGAGGGAGAACUUGCUGCGAAUGAAGAUAAAAAUUAUAAAGAAAAUGAAGUGGUUGGAGAGGAUGAAGCAUGUACUGCUGAUAAGAAAGCAGAAGAUGCUAUUGGUAAUGAUGAAGGUAAUUACCAAGAAACUGCCAUUGAACAGGAAGGUGGUAAACAAAGCCUAGAUGAUAAGAAGGUAGGAGGUUCUGUUGGAAUAAACAAAGAUGACCAAGAAGAUGGUAUUGAAAAAAAUGAAGAUGAAACAAAUGCAAAGAAUAAGGAGGAAGUGGAAGGAAGUUUGAAACAAAAAACUAAGAGAUCGAGGAAAAGGAAUAAUAGGAAGAGAAAGGCAAAUGGACCCCCCCAAGAGAAAGGUGAAAAUAAGCAAGUUCAGAAGAAAGUAGCCUCUAUUGGCAAGGGUGGGGAAGACUCUAGAAAAUUGGACUCAAAAGUUGUUGAGCAAAGCUCUAAGAAAGUUGCUUCCGAGGAUAGGAUGGCCUUUAAGGAUACCAAUUUUGAAGGCAAAGACAAGCCCGGGCCAUCAAGAAAGAAUUCAUCUGUGAAGAAGAAGGCUAAUAGCAUGGGUAUGAUCUUUAUGUGCAACUCUGAGACUAAGAAGGAUUGCUAUCGUUACAAGGUUCUAGGAUUGCCGGCAAACAAGAAAGAGACGGUGGAAAAAAUUUACAAGGGGAUGCGGCUUUUUCUUUAUGACAUUGAUUUGAAGUUGAUGUAUGGGAUCUACAAAGCUGCAGGACGUGGUGGUUGUAACAUUCAACCCAAGGCGUUCAAGUCUCAAUUUCCAUCUCAGGUUCGUUUUACUGUUCUUGAGGAAUGCUUACCACUAGCAGAGGAGACUUUCAGGCAAGCGAUAAAGAAAAACUAUUACACCAGGGGAAAGUUUGAUUGCCAAUUAUCCUCUGAACAGGUGAAGGACCUGUGCAAGCUUUUCAGUACUGCAGGCAAAAGGUCAAGGUCCAAAGACACACGGCUGAGACCUGAGAUCAAUGUGGUACCGAAACGAGACAGAGCUAAGAGGCGUGGUCUGGAUGAAAGAAGACGUCCUGUUCGUGCUCGACAAUCUGAGCAGGUUGAAGAUCGUCGCUACCGUGAGCAGGUUGAAGAUCGUCGCUACCGUGAGCAGGUUGAAGAUCGUCGCUACCGUGAGCAGGCUGAAGAUCGUCUUUACCGUGAGCAGGUUGAAGAUCGUGGGUACCGUGAACAUCCCCAUUUGCAUGGAAGGAGUUUGAUUACCUCUCCUUUGGCUCCAUUAGCCCCGCUUCAACCUUUACCACCUCCUUCUCCUGUUCAAUCCUAUGCAUAUAAUAGGACUUUGGGAAGAGAUCCUUAUGGACGGGACACAGUGAUACAUCCUGAUGUUUACAGAAGACAAGCGGUAGUAGAGCCACGUGAUUACUACAGACGGGAGGGAAUCCCAGAGCGUCGUGAAUAUCAUCAGCCUCUGAAUUUGGAAACUAGACUCCAGGUUGCUGGUGGAAUUAAUGAUCCCUAUGUGCCAUACCGUGAGCGCCUGUCAUACCAUGUUCCUGUUAACUCGGUGCGCUCCCAGCCCGAGUAUAACCCCCCUCCAGUUGGUUUGCGAUCAGAAUACCUCCAUGGUGGUACCUCUACUGAGUACCCUUCAUCUGCAGUGGGCCGUCUGUAUGGGUAUCUUCGUCAACCUCAAUAUCGAUAUUAGGUUACCAAGAAGGUACCAUCCAUCACAUGCGGUUCUGGUUAUCAUUUCCAUCAGAAUCAUGCACAGCUUAAAACUUCAGACUUAUCUAGAAUGUCCUCAGAAUUCAUUGGGUUCUGUUUUAUGUUGUUUGAACUGUAUUAGAUGUUAAUCCUCCAUUCUUGCUGUAAGCAAGAGACUGAGUAGAUGGUAUGCCUUCUGUGUUUUGAUCAAACUAUUAUUUCCUUGCAGUGGAGACAUAACUUAUGA